AUGUCGAUGGCAACUUUCAGUGGAAAACGGUACUUCGUGACAUUCAUUGAUGACAAGUCAAGAUACUGUGUCGUCUAUCUGCUCAAGAGCAAAUCUGAAGUUGCGGCGAAGUUCAUGGAAUACGCUGCGAUGGCCGAAACGCAAACCGGAAAGCGCGUGAAGUACCUUCAAAGCGACAAUGGGGGUGAAUACAAGUCCGACAAGCUGGCACGAUUCUGCGCGGAACGGGGAAUACAACAAAGGUUCACACCCCCAUAUACUCCUCAGCUAAACGGAGUAGCUGAGAGAAUGAAUCGCACGCUGGUCGAGUGUGCGCGUUGCAUGAUGGAACACGCUGGACUGGGAAAGAGCUACUGGGGUGAAGCAGUGAUGACGGCGAUGUUUCUUCAAAACCGCUGUCCAACACGUGUCAUUCACCAAGACAAGUCUCUGUUGAAAAGACAGCGGCUGUGA